AUGGCAACGAGUAUUCCCGUACAAAUGGCCAUGAGCAAUAAUGGUCACAAACAAGCCAAUGGAUCGAUGCCAGUUCUGUCACCCCAGCCUAUGGCACCCCCUACUAAUCCGUCGAAUAUUUUAAUGGAGACUACGGCAGGAACAUGGCUUGCGAUUGGAUCCUUGGCAGAGAGUUUGGGAGACGUUGAGAAGGCGUUGGCUUCUUACGACUCUGCUUUGAGACACUCACCUAACAACCCGGAGAUCUUAACUAAGUUGGCCAACAUGUAUAGGUCUAAGGAUGUCUUUUUCAAGGCCGCAGAGUUGUACGAACAAGCUUUGAACUUCCAUCCAGAGAAUGGUGAAACUUGGGGGUUAUUAGGACACUGUUACUUGAUGUUGGAUGAUUUGCAAAGGGCAUAUGCGGCGUAUCAAAGAGCCUUAUAUUACUUGGACAAUCCAAACGUUCCUAAGUUAUGGCACGGAAUUGGUAUUUUAUACGACAGGUAUGGUUCAUUAGAAUAUGCGGAAGAGGCCUUUGUUCGGGUUUUAGAAUUGGACCCUAACUUCGACAAAUCCAAUGAAAUUUAUUUUAGAUUGGGGAUUAUUUAUAAACAUCAAGGUAAAUUACAAUCUGCCCUUGAGUGCUUCCAGUAUAUCUUAAGUAACCCACCACAUCCAUUAACACAACCGGACGUCUGGUUCCAAAUUGGUUCCGUAUUGGAACAGCAAAAGGAUUGGAAUGGGGCCAAAGAAGCUUACGAAAAGGUGUUGCAAGUAAACCCUCAACAUGCAAAGGUGUUACAACAAUUAGGUUGUUUGUACUCCCAAGCAGAAUCUACCCCAUCAGGAAGCUCAAAUCAACAACCUUUCCAACAAGACUUAAAUAUUGCUUUAAAGUACUUAUUACAAUCUUUGGAGAUAGACCAAUCCGAUGCCCACUCAUGGUACUACCUUGGUAGAGUUCAUAUGAUAAGAGGGGAUUUCAAUGCUGCUUAUGAGGCUUUCCAACAGGCAGUCAACAGGGACUCCAGAAACCCUACAUUUUGGUGUUCGAUUGGUGUUUUGUAUUAUCAAAUUUCGCAAUAUAGAGAUGCUUUAGAUGCUUACACUAGAGCUAUCAGAUUGAACCCUUACAUUAGUGAGGUUUGGUACGAUUUAGGAACAUUGUAUGAGACCUGUAACAAUCAAAUCAGUGAUGCGUUAGACGCAUACAGACAGGCCGAGAGAUUAGAUCCAAGUAAUCCUCAUAUUAAGGCGAGAUUGGAUCAAUUGAUCAAAUACCAACAAGACGGUAAUACCCAACCACCUCAGCCACCACCAGUUAGUCAACAACCGAAAUUGCCACAGGGAAUGAUUUUGGAAAGCACCCAAAUGCAACAACAAGGUCCUCAACAACCACAAUUAUUACCAGGACACCCACCACCACCCCCACAACAACAAUCACAAUUACAUCAGCAACCACCCCUUUUACAACCUCAUCAACAGGGGCCUCCUCCUCCACACUCACUCCCACAACCACCUCAAAUCUCUCAACCCAACCAACCGGCAGUUUCACCAAUUCCUCCUGUGCAUCAGCCUCCUGGAAUCUCACAAUCAAACUCACAAUCAUCAUACCUCCCAAGUAUUCCCCAACCACCAUCGCAAGUCCAAUCUUCUACGAAUACACCAAAUCAAACAAGCGUUAAGCCACCAUCACCACCACCACAAUCGAAUUUACCUCCCCCUCAAAAUUCUCCUCCACAAAAGAGUGUUUCGAUUCCUCCAAUUCAGCAAAAUAAUGGUACGAAGCGUGAUUUAGAAGAUAAAAAGGAUACUAAGGUUACGAAGAAACAAUCGAAGAAGAGUGCAAAGUCACAGCAGAAUAGCCCUUUAAACUCCUUGGCUAACGCUGCAAACAAUGCAAGCUCCGCAAAACCUGAGACACCAAAGGCAGAUGAACGUGAAGUGAAGUCUACCAAACAAAGUCCAAAAUCUGACAAGGAAAGCUCAAAGUCUAAGACAGAAGUACCUCAGUUUUCUUCUAACGUGACGGGUAAAAAGGAAGACGAAGAAGAAGAGCCUGAAGAAAAGAAGCCUUGGGAACCAGUUGAGCCACCUUUAAGAAAAGUCGAUGAGGAUGAAAAUUACGAUGAUGAUUAA